CAUAAUUGUUGACAUCUGUCAUUUUAUUUAAAGUUGAUGGUGUCAGAUUUCCGCAUUAAUAUUCCUCAUUUGUUAUCAUUUAUUUUAACUGAAACAAAAAGAUUCAACAGAAAAUGCAGAAUCCUAAUGAGGAUACAGAAUGGAACGAUGUCCUCCGAGCCAAGGGAAUCAUACCUCCCAAAGAAGCGGAGAUAUCAGAGGACCAAAUAGUUAAUAUGAUAGAGCAGACCAUCCAGCAGAAACAGGCUGAAAAGGACAAACAACUCUCAGAAUUAGAUUUAGAUGGCCUAGAUGAACUUGAAGACUCUGAAGAUGAGGCUGUGCUGGAGGAAUACAGGAGGAAACGUAUUGCGGAACUGAAGAGACUGUCAGAAAAGCCUAGAUUUGGUGAUGUUAGGGAGGUGUCGGGGCAGGACUAUGUGCAGGAAGUGAACAAGGCUGGAGAUGGAAUUUGGGUGGUCAUACAUCUGUAUAAACAAGGCAUUCAGCAGUGUGCCCUAAUCAACCAGUAUAUGCGUCAGCUCGCAGCCAAGUUCCCCUACACCAAGUUCCUGAAGGCAGUGGCUCAGACGUGUAUCCCUAACUUCCCUGAAAGGAACCUACCCAGUGUGUUUGUGUACUUUGAGGGUGACAUGAAGAAACAGUUCAUUGGAGGAACAGAGUUGAGAGGCACUUCAUUGACUGUUGAAGAAUUUGAAUACAUUCUGGGUAAGGUUGGUGCAGUGGACUCAAAAAUAACAGAAGACCCCAGACCAAAGAUUAAGGAUAAGAUGUUCACCGACCUUGGCUCUAAUGACUGGUGAUUAUAGUGGUGAUCACCAUCACCAGACAGUGAAGAGUUGUUGGCGUCACGCUUCGGUGCGGGUUUAUGUGCUUUACUUGCAAAUUAUUUAUUUUUAAAGAUUAAUGAAAUUAUUCUUAUAUAAGUACUAAAGUAUUCAUAAAAGUAUCAUUUUGUUUCUAUGUUGUUAGAUAUUAUGUAAGGAACACAAAGCAUAAAGAAUUACUACAGAGUGAAUGAUUCUGUGUACAGAUACAUUUCAUUUAGUAGCAAUUCUUAUGUUAAAUAGCAUUUAAAUAAACUACAAAUAAUAAAUAAAUGUACUUACGCAUAGGAAUUGCAUUUGACCAUUAUUUUCUUUUCAUUUUAUCACAAAAAUUCUAAAUAUUGAAAACAGUAUGUUUUACUACUGUGGAUAUUAUUAUAAAAUAAAGAAAAUGUUUUUAA